UCUCGUUGGUGAACUGUGACAACAGAAAUACAGCUGAUAUUUCUGUAAGACAGUGUAUGAAAACUGAUUUAAUUGGAAAGGUUACUGGACCUUUAUAUAGUAAUACUGAACACUGAAGUUCACAUGAUUUUCAGUGUUUCUGGAGGACAGACAAGAAGUGUUCACAUUAUUUAAGCCAGGAAGAAGAGAAGAUCCUAGAAGACGUUGAAGAAGUAAUAACAGCAGAUUGAGUAAAGAGUGCUUUAUUCCUGAGCUUUGUUCCUAAGUCACACAUCACAAUGGGUUUUUUCACAUGUGUACAAAAUAAACUUCCUGAAUCUGAUGGAAAUGGUGAAACCACUCUUGAGAAAGGGGAAACAAACCCACUGGAUGUCCCUUUAGAUGACAUAGCUGAACAUUUAUUAUCAUUUUUAAAUGGGUUUAAGAGCUUAAGUGAAGCUAAAAAAGUGAUUGAAAAGAAAUAUGAAAUUAAAAAGGAGCAUGGUGAUUGCUGGCCAGCUGAUGAUAUCAAACGAGCUUGGGGACAAACACGAACAAUGAAUAUAAAAUCAAACAAAAGACGAUACUGGGCUCAUGUUAUAAUUUUGCAGAUUCUAAAAAGAUUUAUGGUUUAUGAUGAGUGUAAACAAAACGCAGCACAGGAUGAUCACGAUGAUACAACCAAUGAUAUUAAUCAAUCUUGUGAAACAACACCAGGAAUGAAAGAAAGCCCAGAAGAUACAUUAUCUCAAAGCAGUGAUAAACUGCAGAUGUGGAGAGCGGAUUUGCAUGCAUUUAAACACAAACUAAUAGAGCAAUCCAGUGCAGUAUUAGAAAGUCAACUUUCAGCUCCUAUCACAGAUGUAGCUACAUUACCUGCUGAAUUAAGGGAAAAAAUCUGUUACGCUCAUUCAAGCAGCGGUGAAUCCAUGAAUGCUGCUUUGGUGAAUGAGAAUGAGGAUACUUUAUAUAACAACUGUGAGCUGCCAAAAAGCAUUGACAACUGUGAGGAGUUGAAUUUCACAGAUACGCCCUACCAAAUAAAAACUGAAUCAGAGAAUGAAAGACGGGAAGAUGGUCUUUGGUCAACUGAUGAUAUAAAUCGAGCUUGCGGAAAAGCAGAAAGCACAAAAGGAAACUCAGAAGACAGAUUAUCUCAAAGCAGUGCUGAACUGGAGGCAGUGGAAGCUGCUGGAGGAGUUAAGCAGAGUUCUGGUGCUAAUCGCAAAUCAUCUAAAAGCGAUCUCAAUCAAGCAGGUAGUGCCAGUAAGAGCCUCUCUGGGGCACAAUUUCCAGCUGGGAGUCAGGCCACUAGGAAUGAUCCUAGUGCUCCCGCUAACCAGUCUGGAACUAAUGUCAGCGCAGCAUCAGAAAGUGAAAAAGCUGAUGAAACCAUUUGCAUACGUAUCCCAUUCUCAGCAAUGUUCAGCAGUGGAUCACCAGUUAGUCAACGUGUACGUCACCAAUUAUCUCACUAUAAAUUAAUAAAUGGAUUUCCUUCUGAUACUGAUUUAAGAAUAAGAAAAUCUUACGCCAUGUCAUUCGACACUGAAACCAUGAAUGCUAAAUUGGUGUAUGAGAUACUGAACAGGGAAACUUUAGUGGACAGGUGUGAUCGGCCAGAUGAUUUUGGAAAUGGCUAUGUCAAAGGUCAUCUUGCUGCAGCUCGCAAUCACAGGUGGUGUCGGGAAGCAAAUAAUGAUGCCAAUUUGUUCAGCAACAUGAUACCACAGGAUAGUACGUUAAACAAUAGCACAUGGAAAUCCCUGGAGAAUGAUUGUCGAAAUAUGACAAGAAAUACACAGAUCAGAAAUGUCCAUGUGUACACUGGACCACUUUACCGGAGACCUAUGGAUCAUUCGGUGUUGGGAGGGAAGAGAGUGCCAAGUCACCUCUUUAAAGUGAUCAUUAAGGAGAAUGUGAAUGGAACAGUAGAAGAGCCAGAAUGCUUUGUGAUACCCAAUGAGGCACCACAGACUAAUGGCAGAAAUGUCCAAAGGGUGAACAUUGAAUUUAUUGAGAGAAAUUCUGGGCUGAUGUUCAUAGAACGCAGACCCAACAUGAACAUGAGAGACUUUACAAAGUCGGUGAUAUUGCAGGGAGAGGGUGGAAGUGGAGAGCCAUGUGAAGUUAAUAUAUCAGUCAGAAUAAGCUCUUAACUGACACUGAUAAUAAGCUCAAUACAGAUAACGAUUCUGAUUGCCUACACCUGACGUGUGUGCACAGAAACACAUGGACUAUUUUCAACCUUCUCUUAUGAGUGAGUUUGAAUGAACUGAUCAUCUGUAGAUGAAAAGAGGGAAAGUUUGCUUGACUAAGUCAAUUGUUUCACUAGUAGUUACAGUUUUUUUUUUGUUUUUUUUAAUUGCUUAGACACUAAAAGUGAUACUUGAGGCCCACUUAGUGGAACCAUUCACUCAUAUACCAAAUCUUUAGACCAAGUCUGCAAAACUAUAAGCACAUUACAUGCUUUAAACUCAGUUUGCAGUUUGCUAAAACAAACUUUUUUUAAAACUCUAAACACAGUUCUCUACAUUACACACAUCAUUCGAAACUAAAAGCUCUUUUGUUUAAUUUUCGAAACACUGCCAUUUUAAUGCCACACUCAUUUACUGAUGACCUAAACACAGCAAUUAUGUGUGAAAACACUUAUACAUCAUUUGUUCACUUAGUAAUCAAAACUCUUUUUUUUUUUUUUUUUUAUAAAGAAGUGUUUUCACCCCCUUCUAUUUCUGUGUACACUGUAUCUAUAAAGCUGACUUUCUGACUUGGUUUAUAUGCAUAUAUGUGUGUGUGUGUGUGUGUA